CUUGCUCAGCUGAUCGUAGAAUUCUCUAUCUUCAUAAUUUCUCAUUCUGAGAUGUCUACUAGCUAAGGACUAAUCGUAAUCUAUUCACUUUGCUCUUAGAGUAGUUCCUGCUUACUCGCGUUUAAAUAUCUGUGAGCGUGGAUGAGUGUACUUGCCCGGAAAUAAGCCACGAGUUAUCCGUCGCCUAGAGCUGUCAAAUGCGAAUGCUGUGGAGUUUCUAGAUGCCUGAGGUACUUCCGGGCUUUGAUUCGAUGCGCUGUGAUUCAUGUGUUUCUGCAUAUGUGAUAACCUUGUAUACCUUGAAUACCUCGAAAACCUAUAUGCAGUUAUUUGCGAAGAUAUGCUGAUGUUGUCGCCAGGUCUAAUUCAGACAUCAGUGUUCACACAGGUAUAAAAAUACAUGAAAAUGAUGCUAUGUUAACAUUGAAAGAGCUCGAAAUAUGUUACUCAGUUUAUUCUAUGUUGUGACACAUCAAGAAGUCACUUAGAUAUUUGCGUUUCGGUUAAUAAUUGUUAAAUUAUCGUUUUGUUUUUUAUAUUGCAUUAGCGAAAAUGUUUCUUCCAUAUCUGCAACUUGUGAUAUAGGAAUAUAUAAUUGAAUGGAAGCCCUUUUACCCUCUGAGGACUUUUCAAAAUUUAAGAUGAGAUUUCUGGAGGUCAAGGCUUUCAUUUCUAUUUGAUAUCUGUUUUGAAACACUUAAUGAAAUUAAGUGUAAUAAUUUUAGUACAGUAUUUUGAAUCAUAAAUAUGGAAAUUAUGAGAAGUUUAUCGGACAUGUUAUUAUAUUUUUAUGAUUAUUGUAACGCAUGAUAGGGUUAGAGUCUUUUUAUAACAGCUUCUUUACGGUUCAUUCUCUGCGAUGCUGUCUGAAAAAUAGUGGAUUGUUUACCAUGUUAUGUGUAGAAAUCUUUCUAUUGGAGGUGUUAUUUUUACCAUAACAUGGAGGUUUCGACAGACAAUUAUGAUUCUAUAGAACACUGUGAUGAAAAUUUAACGGGAAAUAGGUAAUAUCAAAUUUUUAACACUCCACAUGCAUAAACGAUUAAAUGUUCUUCUUCCGUGUGCUAGACUAAUUCCUUUCAAUGCACUGAAACUGUGUAUGCUGUAUAGAUUUAACAUAUUAUAAAAGUACAAAUAUCUGAUGGAUCAUUUGACUGAAGGCAGAAACAUUUCAGGGGCCAGGAGCCCCGUAGCGUUGCAUGUUUCUAUGGUGACAAGUAGUCCAGAAGACAGUAUUCCAUCUACCCCCCUUGUACCAUCUCCAAGCCUUCGGAACUCGAACACGAGUUUGAGUUCAGGUUUGGAAGAUCCAAGGAAUUUUUUGGACGUUUCUACUAAAAGAAAUUUAUCUAUGGACUCGUCAUCUUCUUCAGGUAGUGAUCCAACCACUAGCUCAGGUGUGAGGUCGAACUGCUGCUCACCGUCUAAGUCACCUGUGCCGAGCAGUCCUCAAGGUCCUAGGUUUAAGCUGGUGCAUGAAGGACUAGUUCACGUGUGUCGCUUGAACCAUACGAGGACAAUGAUCAGUAAAUUGCUCAGUUCUCGAUUCUUGAGACGGUGGGAAGGACAUCAUGUGAUACUGGAUGAAUCUUAUAUCACCUCAAGAAACCCGGGCGGAUUUAUGGAAGAUCCCAUUCCGUACAGGAUAAUCCAGGAUAUAUAUCCUGUAGCGAGAUGGGACUCAUGUGGCCGAUUCUGCAUUAGAAUAGUCAUCCCUGAUGGAUCAUUGCUGUUGCAGGUAUCAAACUGCUAUAUGCGAGAUCAAUGGUUACAUUCCUUACUUUGGAAGAAAAGUGCAUUUAGGUACCGAAAAGUUUUAGCUGCCUGCAAUAGACCCGAAAUUUUGCUCAAGGAACUGAAGAAUCUGGUAGAAAUGGUUCUAACGACGCCUUUGCAAGACGAUGGGGUAUUUCAGUCAGCUUUAGAUAUCAUUUCUGACGUUUUAGUUAAGGGUCAGACGUGGAUGGCCCGCAACAUAGCCGAAGAAGUGAUCACAACUGUUUCGUUACUUUUAGAAAGAACUACUCCGACAUCAGAAAUAUGUGAUUUCUUUUGCUGGCAUUGUCGUGAAAACCCGAGGUCAACAGUUGUCCUUGAUAUCUGCACGCCUAUUGUCCAAAGGAUACUCAAGCACAACAUG